CUCAUCUUUCACACAAUCGUACUAGAGUUUUCAAUAUGUUUUCGCACUAGUAGACAUUCUGUAUUGUUGGUGAAGAAAGAUUUGACUGUACUGAAGAAACUGAAAAAAAUGAUGGCCAUAAUUUUAUGUAUAUUUCAGCAGGCAUUUUCGCUUUACACGAGUUACUAUGAAGUGUCUGUUUACUAUGUAUCCGACUGUGCGUUUGUCAUUGAACAAGACACAUAGUUCCCGGCUGUUUAGUGUGUACGCUUCUUCACUCCUGUCAUUCGAAUCACCUUCAUCUGCAGCACAUUAUAAAUCAGCGAAGUCGUCAAUCACUUGUUAAUUAUACCGUACAAAUAUGUUACUUGAAGAUAUCAUCAGUCCAAUAAUUCCUAAAGAAUGCUUCUACAAAUAUACAAAACAUGGUGAAUUUUUCGAUGUUCUUUGUUUUAAGAUAAUUUUAAGUAAAGUAUUAGGAUAUGGUAUUAUAGUUGGUUCUUCGCUUGUAAAAAUUCCGCAAGUAUUAAAAGUUGCAAAAAGUAAAAAUGCUUAUGGAUUAAGCAUACUGUCUAUCCUACUGGAAUUAAUUUCAUUCACAUCGGUUAGCGUAUAUUCAUUGGCUAAUGGAUUUCCAUUCAGCUCUUAUGGCGAAGGAAUAUUUCUGGGCAUACAAAAUUUCCUUUUGGCGGUUAUGGCAAUUACAUGGAUGCAUUCACGGCUUAAAGCAGUCAUUUUUUCAUGUAUUUACAUGGCAGGAUUAGCUGUCUUACUGUCGCCCACAUUACCAAUGUCAACUUUAGUAUUUUUUCAAACAGCCAAUCUACCGAUUAUGUUGUCAUCGAAGAUUGCACAAAUCUGGACAAAUUGGUGUAAUGGUAGUACAGGUCAAUUGUCAGCCAUCACGUUGUGUUUGUUUGCGCUAGGCUCAACUGCACGUGUAUUCACAUCAAUUCAAGAGACUGGAGACAGACUGUUAGUUGUAUCGUGUAUUUUAGCCACUGUAUGUAACUACAUACUAGUGGGACAGCUAUUCUACUAUUGGAAUACGCCAAUCACCACCAAUGUUACAAGGAGGUCUUCUAGUCAAGGGGCUAGUAGCAGCAGCAGUGGUAGGAGUGAUCAGUCAUCAGGACGAAAAAUACAAAAGGAUAAGACAAAUUAAAUCUAUACUGUGAUGAUAAUGAUAAUAAUAUUGUUGUUUUCAAAAUGUACAGGUGUUACCUUGCUUGCCUAUACAUUUCUCUUUCUGUGUGUGUGUGUGUGUGCGUUUAUGUUGCUCAUGACAAAAUACAUAUUUAACAUUCGUUAAUGUAAUCACAAUGUUUCUUUUUAACCUUGUCAGGGAUUACAUAUUAGACUGUCAUAAAGACCGACUUAAGUGGCUUUAAGAUUGACACAUGAUGAGUGAUACAUUUGGUGUGUGGCUACCCAAAACAGAAAGAGCAUUAGUGUUGUGUGACCACACCGCCCAGAGGACAACUGCUUGAGGUCGCGGUCAUACACGGUCUGUUUAAAGUGGUUUUUAGGAGUGUCAUCAGUAUUGAGAUUUUGCCACCGCAAAAG